AUGGGUCGUGAACAGUACAAGGUUAAGGCCGGGUUGGCCCAGAUGCUAAAGGGGGGUGUCAUCAUGGAUGUGGUGACCCCAGAACAAGCGAUCAUUGCUGAGAAGGCAGGUGCCUGCGCCGUGAUGGCUCUUGAGCGGAUCCCAGCAGACAUGCGCAAGUCUGGCCAGGUGUGCCGUAUGUCCGACCCAAAGAUGAUCCGCGAGAUCAUGGAGAGCGUUUCGAUCCCAGUGAUGGCCAAGGUCCGGAUCGGACACAAGGUUGAGGCUCAGAUCUUGGAGGCUCUACAGGUGGACUACAUCGACGAGAGUGAGGUUUUGACCCCAGCUGACUGGGCCAACCACAUCGAGAAGCACGACUUCAAGGUGCCAUUUGUGUGCGGUGCCAAGAACUUGGGCGAGGCCCUACGGAGAAUUGAGGAAGGCGCUGCCUUCAUCCGCUCGAAGGGCGAGGCCGGUACUGGCGACGUCAGCGAGGCUGUGAAGCACAUCAAUCUAAUAUACCAGGAGAUCCAAUGGUGCAAGGAAAACCUAAAGACGGAUGAGCAGUUCGAGGCUCAUGCCAAGGAAUUGCGUGUUCCCGUGGAGCUGCUGAAGGAGACUGUCGCUGCCGGCAAGCUCCCUGUCGUGACUUUUGCUGCCGGUGGUGUCGCUACUCCAGCAGACGCUGCGCUAUUGAUGCAGUUGGGCUGUGAGGGUAUUUUCGUUGGUUCUGGUAUCUUCAAGUCCUCCAACCCAGAGAAGCUUGCUCGCGCUAUUGUGCAGGCGACCACCCACUACAUGUCGCCAGAGAAACUGCUAGAAGUCUCUAGCGACCUUGGUGAGAUGAUGCCGGGUAUGACCGUUGACUCCAUUAACAAGAGCAACGGCGUCAGACUUUCUGAGAUUGGUAAGUAA